AUGGAGCUGCCUUGCCGGACGCCUGGCACGCGCCUUGAGGCACCGCGGACUGCGGCCCCAGCAAAACUUGUGGGGAUUGGGAGCGCGGAGAGGGCCCUUUUUGGGCGCAGCCGAGCGAGCCUCUGCCUGGCGGGAGUUGUCGGCUUUAUACGGUGCAGGGCCAAAGGCCGCCGCAGCCUGGCCAGCAGGGCCAACGCCCAGCCCAGCAAGUCCGAGGCGCCGCUGCUGGGACGCAGCGGGCGGUUUUGGCGGUCCUUGGAUUGGCGGAGAUGGCACUGGAGCAGCGAGCCGCAGCGUCCAAAGCUCCGAGCGGAACUGCCACCAAACCCGUGCAACGGCAGCGGCAGCCCGGCGGCCCGGCUCCGUGAAAUCUCCGAGGACGAGGUCCGUGAGUUCGAGGAGUUUGGGGUGGUGCUGCUCCGCAAUACCAUCACCGACUGGGUGCCUUUCUUGAAAGAAGCUGUGGAGCACCAGAUGGAGCACCCGCAGGUGUCGGCCUUCGUCACGGGCCUGCGGAGCUUCUUCUCCAUGGACUACGUGCAAGCGGGGCUCUUCCUGACCAACGACCGCUUCUUCGACUUCUGGAAGAGCUCCAACCUGCCGGCCCUGGUGGCCCAGCUCUUAAGGUGCGAGGAGGUGCGUUUGAUCGUGGACCAGCUGAACGUGAACCCGCACUGCCCCCCGUUCACGGAGCCGGAGAAGUUCCACACCGAUGUGGGGGUGAUCUCCGCGGUGGCCCGAGCGGAGGAGGUGGUCCGCGUCUGGAUCCCACUGGAACGCAGCGCGACGCGGAAAGGCAUCGGAACCUUGGAGUUCAAGCUCCAAAACGGAGAGCGCCGGAGGUUCGAAGAGGUGGAACCUGGAGAUGUGCUCAUCUUCACGCCCACGAUCCCUCAUCGUGUGCUCUUCCCUGAAGACGACGUCUACGAGGAAGACCGCUGCGUGGUCAUCGCAAGCCUGCAUGGCUCCGUGAAGACGGGCCCGCGAAGCUCGGAAGAUCCCAUGGCGGUGCCCGAGUUCCCGCGGCUCUUUCCGAACGUGGACGAAGCAGAGCUCCGUGCGCGCUGCGAGAGGAGGCUCUACAGCAGUGCAGAACGAUACUUCGACUUGUGGGGAAGCCCCUUCACACUGGCAGACGUCCCGGCCUCAGACAAGCGUCGAAUUCACCUCUGGGCUUCUGUGGACCAGCAGGACGGAGGAGUAGCUCAAGAGCUCCGGAGCUCCCCCGCGGAACGUCAGCACCGCGAAGGAAGCGUCUUCCGCACCGCUUGCGAAGCUCUUGAGCGGCGCUCAGCGCUCGCCUUGGACCAGGAGCCUGCUCUUCGCUGGAUGGAUGCCACUGAGCGUGACGUGAGGCAGCUCUCCGAGACUUUGGACUUCCUGGAGGAUCUCCUGGCACCCGGUGCUGAGGAUCUGUCGGAAGUGCUGGGUGGCACCCUCCGAGAAUGCCAAGAGCUGCGGGACAGGCUGCAAGAGGCGGUGCCGGACAUCUUGGAUCGGGAUGGUGGCGAGGCCACCUUCAACCAGAUCGCGGCGCUGCUGGAGCGCAUGGAGCGGGUCACGGACCAGUGGCAGGCGCGCGGCGCCGGCGCCACUGCGCCCAGCCCUCCCAGUAUGAGUGCCCCACAAGACCGAAUUGGCGCGCCUUCGCUGCCCGCCUCGGCACUGACCUCCGCGGCCUCCGGCUCCGUGCCGGCCAUGGUCCCGGCCGGAACAGCCGCAGGAGGAGGCGGAACAGCCGCAGGGCCCCUGGCUCCUUCGGCGUCGCCCGCGCAGUCGCAUGCUUCGGAAGACCUCUGGCGUCAAACCAGCGGUUUGGGAGGAGGGAACCUCGGAGAGAAGGAAAAGAAGAAGAAGCGGAAGGAAGGGAAGGAGUCCAAGGAGCCGAAGGAUCUUGGGCCUGGGGAUCAGGGCAAGGGGAGCGAAGAUGGCUUCCCGGCAGAGGCCUCGGGCUUUGGAGCUUGGCCGGACUCCGGUGAGGCUUCCGCCUUCCCAGAAUCGUUUGGUACACCCUGGGGCGCCCCUUUGGGCUCCAGCCCCGCUUUCGAAGCCUCGAACUGGGCCACUGCAGCCACCUCGGAGAGCCCUUUGGGCCCCGCCAACCCUGGCGCUUCGGGCGGGAGUCCCUUUGCUGCCUUCGGCUCAAGCCUGCCAGAACAACCCGCGCCAAAGCCCGGACCGGCGCCCACCCUGGCUCCGAGCUCCCUUCUCAGCGAGAAGGGAGAGAUCGGAGAUCCGAAUGUGCAAGGGACCUUGGCGAGCCUUCACGUGGGAUUCCCCUUUGCGGCCAUCGAGGACAAAGAGGCCUUCGAGCGGCUCUUUGUCCGUGCCGCAGCCCAGGCUGCCGGGGUAGCACCAAGGCGCAUACGAGUGCAUGCUGUGCGUCCCGGUGCCCAGGAAAAGGGCGCCGCUGCACUCUUUUCAGCUCUUCAGCUCUGCAUCAAACGGAGGCUUCUGCAUGACUGUCAGGCCAAGCUUGUUAACACCGGGUUAUCCCUCGCUGGGGGGGGCCAUGUCAUGGACUGGUCCCUUGGCGUCCACGGUGUCCCGGACACGGCGACGCAGGUGCUCUGCUAUGAUCCGCUCACAAAGCAGAGCUCCUGCUUCGGAGACUCCAUCGAUGUGGGCAGCCACAAGUGGUCGGGGGGCGUCUUGGCGAAGGACGGGAAGAUCUACUGCGUGCCCUGGACCCAUCCACAGGUCCUGGUGAUUGACUGCCUAGCCAAGCGGGUGUCUUUCUUGGACACCUCCACCGGCACGGGCUGCACCGCCGCCUCUCUUUCGGAGCACAAGUGGAGAGAUGGGAUCCUCGCCGAGGAUGGCUGGGCCAUUUACUGCAUCCCCUGGACGGCGGAGGCCGUGCUGCGCAUCGACGUGGCCAAGGGCUCGGCAAGCUGCUUCGGGGAGCUGCCUGCAAGCGACAGCAAGUGGGCAGGUGCUGCGCUCGGCUGCGACGGGCGCAUCUACUGCGCCCCUUACGACUCGCCCAGUUGCCUGGUGAUCACUCCCGGCCCGGAGCCCACGGCUUCGCUCUUGGGCCACUUCGGGGAUUUGCGCAGGAAGUGGCGCGGAGCCGUGGCCACUCCAGGCGGCGAGCAGAUCUACAUGAUCCCGUACAACGCCCUGGAGGUGCUCCUGGUGGAGCCGGCCAAGGCAAGUGCGGCUGGACUCGCAGAAGCGGCUCCAGCAGCGCACCCGGCCAAGGUGUGCUUGGAGUCCGGCUGGGCUCAAGCGAGGGCUUUGGCCCGCUCGGGCGUGGAGCCCGAAGACCACCUGGAGCCGGAAGAAGAAGCGGCUCCGACGGAGUCCGCCGAGGCAGAGGUCAAAGCUCCCUCUGCGCUUGGGUUCUCGAAGCUUGGCUGGGUCGGGGGCAUCCGUUGCAAGUGGCGGGGUGGAGUCUUGGCCAAAGACGGCUGCAUCUACUGCGUGCCCGACUGUGCCAGCGAGGUGCUCUGCAUCCGCCCGGCCUCCCAGGACCUGGUGCUCUUCGGGGAGGUGGGCGCUGCUCGCUGGAAGUGGCGCGGGGGAGUCCUGGGCGGAGAUGGCAAAGUCUACUGUGCGCCCUACGAGGCCCAUGAGUCGGUCUUGGUCAUUGACCCGGCGACGCUGAAAACCUCGGCCUUGCAGGCGGCUCAGGGCCUUUCUGGCUCGCUGCCCGGCUUCCUGCAGACCAGCCAAGGGGUGCCUUUGUCUUUCAACCUUGGGGUCCUGGAUUCUGGGCUGCGCCGUCGCGUCGCUGUCGCGCUUCGCACGCUGGGCGAUAUGGCGGCCAUCUCUGCACCGAAGCUGCCAAUCCAGAACCGUUCCACCAUCUCUCCAGCCGGUCGCCCUGCAUGCACCAAGUCUCCCAUCGGGCCUAGCUCCCGGAAAGAGCGCCGAGGCGACUGUGCCAAGGCUCGCUGGGCGGACUACACGCCGACGCAGUGGUCCCACGACUCCCACUCCCCCUGGCCCGAGGGGUACCCUGCAAAUCCCACGGCGCUCAUGUUCCUGCAGACCCCACCAGGCCCAGAGAGGGAGCAGAGGGAGGCCCAGCUCUGGCCGGCGACGCCCACGCCUUCGGGAGCCGGAGCUGGCUGGGACCAUUUUGGCCUCGGCCAUGCGGAGAGGCAAUCGGAGGCUCACGGCGAGGCGGGCGCGGCUGGGGCCGUGCCUUUGGCUCUCCAAGCUCCCGCUCGAGUGGCCCAGAUGGCGGCGGCCGCGGCACACGCGGCGGCGGCGGCAGGAGCCGCCGCGCAAGCUGCUGCGGCAGGAGCCCACCACACCGAGCUCCGGAAUGGCACGACAGGUAAAUUACCCGACAAAGCCGUGAAGAGCACGGGCGCGAGCUUGUAUGAGGAUGGGAAAAGGCUCCCUCCGACACCCUUCUCGCCGAAAAGGAAGGCCUCAGUCUCGGUGACCGCUCCCGGGGUCCCCGCGAUGGUGCACGCGGAUCGACCGGAGACCGAGCAAGCGGAGACUCCGCCUUAUCCGCUGGAAGAAGCCGUGGCCGGCUGCCCGGCCCCGCUGGAGGUCACGGGCGGGACGGUGCUUUCCAAGGGCUCCAGUACACAUGGCAGUGGCAAGUGUCGGCCAUGCGCGUGGUUCUGGAAGCCGCAAGGUUGCCAGAACGACCAGGACUGUGGCUACUGCCACCUCUGCCCCGAAGGGGAGCUCAAGAACCGGAAGAAGUCCAAGGUCGCGGCCAUGCGGAUGGGGGCCUUGGUGCCCGCGAAGAGCCAGAAAGCCAAGUUUCCGAGCGGGGCGAGGGUCUUAAAGCUCUCGCCCCUAAUCUGCGCGGUGCCCAGAUCCGGAGCAGUGAUGUGCCAUCAUCUCUAUACGACACGACGUGCAGGACUUCAGAAGCAAGUCAGUUUUAAGGACCACGUGCUGCAUGCGCUUUCUGCCACUAUCGCUCCAGUGCUCGCUUCUCGCAGGAGAAAAAGAAUCCUUCAAUGA